UUGUUCCUCUUAGAUAACUCCUUAUUUCUGAAAUCAAAUGAUUUUUCAGGUUUUCGAAAUCUAGCCCCAGAGAUAUGCAAAUUAAUAUGGCAAUAUCUGCUGUAUUUACUGCUUGGGCCCUUUUCAGUGGCGGUGCUGAAUAUAAACCUCUGCAGUUCUUGGCAUUUGCUUUUGUUUAUCGGAUUUUUGAAAAGCUGAAAGCUUUUGAACCAGCUGUAUCACCCUCAUUUACGGAAGAUGGUGAAGAUUCAGGACGAGGUAUACGGAUGGGAAAGCGGAUACUACGAUCUCUUGCUCUAGUGUUUGGAUGUAUUGCUGUUUCCUCUUUGGCAUAUACUGGUAUCUUGAAUUUCAUCGAGUUCGUGGGCAGCUAUAUCCCAGUUGUUCUCUACAAUAGUCAGGAACUAUUGAUCACCAGUUCAUCAGCUAUCAUGCUUUACUUCAUGGCAUCUUACUACAGAUGAUGUUAUUCAGCAUGAACCAUUCAAUCUUGCAGCCAGCUUGCAGUGAAAUCGGUUUUGAUAUAUUGUUGAUUUGGUAAUCUUGUUUUGUAAAAUUAGGCACAGUACUGAGGUCGUUAUCAUCAAAAUGUAACGCUAUGUGCGAUGCGAUAAUAUAUACGUUAGCUAUCGUAUAUAAAGAGGUCGCUUAACUUUUUUGUACUGAUA